AUGUUUGUUUCCAUACUCCAUGCUACUUGUACGAAAACUCUGGCUUGAAAAUGUCAAAAAUAUUUACGUGCAAAAUUAACUUGGAUAAAAUACAAAAAUAAUCAUAAAUUGAUCAAGUGAAUCAGUGGAAUAAAAUAAAUGGAAACAUGAAGAAAGAAAGAACGGCCGAUAAUAGCCGACCAUAUAAAUUGGCUCAUCAAAUAGUGAGUCUGACAGGUAUCAGUUUUCAAAGGAAAAGCAUUAUUGGAUUUGUGGAGCUAACGAUUGUUCCACUUCGGGAUACAUUAAGACUUAUAAAACUUAAUGCAAAGCAAUGUAGAAUUUACAGAGUAUGCUUAAAUGAUACCUAUGAAGCACCCUUUCAAUAUUUUGAUCCAUUUUUGGAUAUUUGUCAAGGAGAUGGUAAACAACGAUCAUUGGAAUUUUUUUCAAAUAUGCAUUUGGCAGCAGCACAAAGGGUUGAUCCAGAUAAUAAUGCAGGGGAAUUGGUUGUGCAAAUUCCACCAGAUGCAUCACACUUAGUUUCAGAGGGUAGAAGUUUAAGAAUUAGUAUUGAAUUUUCUUUAGAGCAACCACAAGGUGGAGUACAUUUUGUAGUACCAAAUUGUGAGGGAACUUUAGCAGAGAGAGGCGCGCAUAUGUAUACAUACAGUUACGAGAAUUCUUCGAGAUUAUGGUUCCCGUGCGUCGAUAGUUUUGCCGAACCAUGUACUUGGAGGUUGGAAUUCACUGUUGAUGAUUCUAUGACAGCAAUAUCUUGUGGUGAUCUUGUAGAAGUUGUGUAUACUCCAGAUAUGAGAAGAAAAACAUUUCAUUAUGUUCUUAACACGCCUGCAUGUGCACCAAAUAUUGCACUUGCAGUUGGACCAUUUGAAAUAUUCGUGGAUCCAUAUAUGCACGAAGUAACACAUUUUUGUUUGCCUCAACUCUUACCAUCAUUGAAAGUGUCUGCAAAAUACAUGCAUGAGGCAUUUGAAUUUUAUGAAGAAACAUUAUCAAAUAGAUAUCCAUAUUCUUGUUAUAAACAAGUCUUUGUAGAUGAAUUAGAUGAGGAUAUUAAUGCAUAUGCUACUAUGAGUAUCUUAAAUACGAAUUUGUUACACUCUACUGCAAUCAUUGAUCAAGUUUAUAUCACCAAAAAAGCUAUGGCACAAGCUGUUGCGGAACAAUUUUUUGGCUGUUUUAUAUCUAUGCAAAAUUGGUCUGAUACAUGGUUGCCAAAAGGUAUAUCGACAUACCUAACUGGCUUGUAUGCAAAAAAAUGUUUUGGAAAUAAUGAAUACCGAGAAUGGGUUCAAUCGGAAUUACAAGAAGUUGUAAAAUACGAAGAGCAGUUUGGUGGGAUAAUAUUAGAUUCUUCUCAGCCACCAGCUCCGUUACCAAUUGCAGCCAACACGCCAGCACCUACGCCAAGAGCGCCAGAUCCUGGUUUUUAUUUUCCAAUAAGAAAUUUACAUACAAUGUCUCCAAAAUAUAUUGAUGUUCUUCGUAAGAAAGCACAUUUAGUAAUUAGAAUGUUAGAACAUCGCAUCGGGCAAGAAUUGCUUCUACAGGUUUUCAAUAAACAAUUAUCCCUUGCUGCUAAUGCUGCACAACAGAAAAUUGAUUCUGGACUUUGGUCUCACAUGUUAAUUAGUACAAAUGUAUUUACAAAAGCAAUUUUUACCGUAACAGGUAAAGAUAUGGCAGUUUUUAUAGACCAAUGGGUCAGGACUGGAGGUCAUGCAAAAUUUAGUUUAAGUUUCGUAUUUAAUAGGAAAAGGAACACUGUAGAGUUGGAAAUUCGUCAAGAUACAACAAACCAAAGAGGGAUUAGGAAAUACGUAGGUCCACUUUUAGUGAAUAUUCAAGAAUUAGAUGGUACUUUCAAACACACUUUACAAAUUGAGGGUACUGUCGCAAGAGCGGAUAUAACGUGUCAUAGUAAAAGUCGUCGAAAUAAAAAGAAAAAAAUUCCACUGUGUACCGGAGAAGAAGUAGAUAUGGAUCUCUCUGCUAUGGAUGAUUCACCUGUGUUAUGGAUAAGAUUAGAUCCUGACAUGACACUUAUGCGCGCUGUUCAAAUUGAACAACCCGAUUAUCAGUGGCAAUAUCAAUUAAGACACGAAAGAGACGUUACCGCACAGCUGGAAGCGAUAGAAGCUUUGCAGAAUCAUGCAACACCCGCUACACGAUUAGCGUUGACUGAUACUAUUGAAAAUGAACAUUGUUACUACAAAGUUCGACUACGGGCCGCGCAUUGUUUAACUAAGGUAGCUAAUGCAAUGGUUGCAACAUGGGCAGGCCCACCAGCAAUGUUGGCCAUAUUUCGAAAAUUAUUUGGAUCAGCUUCGUGUAGACGCAUAAUCAAACAAAAUAACUUUCAAAAUUUUCAGCAUUACUUUCUGCAAAAGACUAUACCUGUAGCAAUGGCUGGACUACGUAACGCUCACGGUAUAUGUCCACCAGAAGUAUUAGCCUUUUUAAUGGAUUUAUUUAAAUACAAUGAUAAUAGUAAAAAUAGAUAUUCGGAUAAUUAUUAUAGAGCAGCAUUGAUCGAAGCUCUCGGAGCUACCGUUACACCAGUGAUUAGUAUACAACAGGGGACAGCUAUUACUGCUGAAUCGUUGUCAGUUGAUACUAAAGCUAUAUUAGAGGAGGUCACUAGAAAUUUAAAUUUGGAAAAAUUAUUGCCCUGUUACAAGUACACGGUCAGUGUCACUUGCCUGAAAGUCAUACGAAUUUUGCAAAAAUUUGGUCAUCUUCCGAGUAAUCCCCAUCUUUUCAGAGCAUAUGCUGCAUAUGGACAAUUUAUAGAUGUUAGAAUUGCAGCUUUAGAAGCGUUAGUUGACUUUACAAGGGUGGAUGGUAAAUGGGAAGAUUUAGAAUUUUUGUUAGACAUGAUUGAGAUGGAUCCACAUCCUGGGGUGCGACAUAGAUUGGUGAGACUUAUGGUUGAAAACCCACCAUUUGAAAGAGCGCAUAAGCAUCGUUUAGAUCGACCUGAAUUGGUCGACCGUAUAUGGAACUUAAUUAAUGGUAUGCUUUCUCAUGACCCUAAAAUACGAUGUGAUUUAGUAGAUUUAUACUACACUUUGUAUGGUUCGAAACGUCCGCUCUGCCUUCCGAUUCCUGAACUUGCUGCUAUUAUGAAACCAAAAAAAGUAGGGCCGCAAAGCCCUGAACCAGAUAUGAAACCGAAUAUCCCACUCGUAAAACACGAACCACCAAUAGUGGAAGUGGAUAACUCAAACAUCCCAGUUAAAAGAAAACCAUCUCCUAAUAGAGAUAUUCCAGGCCCUUCAAAUUCAGUGGAUCAUGGUCCUGAACCAAAACGACAAAAGCAGGCAAUUACUGAUGAACGACCAACUUCCGUAACUGGCGAAGGAAAAGUUAAGUCGGAAUACUACAGCGAUAAUUCUGCAUCGUUGCCUGGCAUUAUGGGAACUCCAGGGCCAGUAGGUUUCGAACCAGGAAUGUUUAAAAAGGAAUCAGAAGAACACAAACAGAAAAAUGAUUCCGUAAAUAAGAAUAAGAAAAAGAAGAAAGACAAAAAGAAACACAAACACAAGCAUAAACAUAAACAUGAUCAUAAGCAUGGCAAAGAUAAGGAGAAGAAAGACAAAGACAAGGAUAAGGGCAAAGAAAAAGAGAAAGAAAAAACUAAAGAUCCUUCCAAUAUGAAAAUCAAAGAAGAAACUCUAAGUUCAGCAAGUUCUAGUCUCAGUCCAGAUGCAACAACUGUUACUAAUGAAUUCAUUUUUCCAUAGCACUGUAUUAAAACAUUCUAUUAUGAUCUUUUCUAGCUAAGAUUGUCUAUAUAUAAUGUAUAAUUUUUAUAUAAUUUA